AUGGCAGAUAUAACUGAAGAAACUCCAACUACCGCCAGUGCUAUUAGUGUCCCAUCUACCAGAUGGCAACCGUAUUGGGAUGAGAACUACAAACGUUAUUAUUGGUCAGAUGGAAAUGAAUCGGUAUGGGAAACACCCGAAGGUUGUGUUGAACCACCACUACCUGAGUCUAAAUCAUCUUCAAAUGUAGCACAACAACAACAGUAUUCGACUGAUGAUUAUGCUUUAUCAAUGGCAUAUACAAAUGUACAAACAGAUCUUCGCUAUCAACCCUAUAUAGUUCCUCCUGUUAUUCCAAGUACAAUGAAUACGGGAAAAAGACUUGUUGGACAAGAUGCACGUGAUCUUCGCCAAUUAUAUCAUUACUUUGACUAUAAUGCUUGGAAUGAAGAAUUAAAUCGAACGAAUGCAAAUCAAAAGAAAAAAGUCAAAUUAACUAAAAAAGAACUUGAUGCUAUAAAAGCACGCCGAGCUGCAAUUAAAAGAAAACAUCGUGAUAAAUGGCUACUUGAAGAUUAA